CAGUCAUUAAGAAAUGCCUCCACAGCCGGCACAGUGACAGCAGCUGUCAGCCCAGGUGGGUGGCUCCCAUCUGUGAAGGACUUGGGUAGAAAGACCGACACUACUCUCUCAGGCUCGGAUCUCGGUGACUUUGCCCAUUUCCAAAAUACCAGACACAUCCUCCAAGAAUGAAAAUCUACUUUUAUCAAGGUUAAUCAGAACCUUCUGACAGCCUCGAGCCUCCACAGAGGGAGCCUCUGACGAAUGACUGAACAUGGCUGCUGAGGCCUGUUAUCUCUGAGGGGCCAUGUCAGAAGGGGGAAGCAAGGACAGCUCGGGCAGCGAGUGCCCUGUGUGCUACGAGAAGUUCCGGGAUCUGGAGGGCGCCAGCCGGACACUGAGCUGCGGCCAUGUGUUCUGCCAUGACUGCUUGGUCAAGUACCUGCUCUCUACCCGCGUGGAUGGACAGGUGCAGAGGACUAUCGUCUGCCCCAUCUGCCGCUAUGUCACCUUCCUCAGCAAGAAGAGCUCCCGCUGGCCCUCCAUGCUGGACAAGAGCUCGCAGACCCUGGCUGUGCCUGUGGGCCUGCCCUCCGUGCCCUCACCAGACCGUGGAGGCCACACAAACCCCCUGGUUAUGUCCCACCAGGUCUGGAGACAAUCGCCAAGCCAGGGGCCUCAGCUCCCCUUGGACCUCCUGCCCACCCUGCCCCGAGAGUCACAGAUUUUCAUCAUCAGUCGCCACGGGAUGCCGUUGGGGGAACAGGACAGUGUGCUGCCCCGACGUAGCCUGGCAGAGAUAUCUGAGGCAUCCCCGGCUCCCAGCGCCACCCGUUCUUUCUGCUGCCGGUCUCGGGCCCUCCUGCUCAUCACCCUCAUUGCUGUGGUGGCUGUGGUAGCUGCCAUCCUGCCCUGGGUGCUGCUGGUGAGGAAGCAGGCCUGAGUGGCGGCAGGCAGAGGACAGGGGAGCAAGGCCCAGUAUCUAAGCUGUGCUGGCCACGGCUUGGGAGAGGGCAGAGGGUCCUAGUGUAGACCUGGUACAAUCAAGUUGCAGAGGGAGGUCCCGGACUCAGAGAGGACACAGGUGGGGGCAUAUUGGAAGGAUAAGGGCUUUGUCUCCACCUUUCAUGCCUUGUCAGUGAGGGCUUUGGCAUGAGGAGAGGCUUGGGACAGAGAUACCCUGAGGCUAACACUGAAUGGCCAACUCCCCAUUUGUGGCCCCAUAAGUAUCCCCAACAAACACCCCUUCUCUAGGCUGGAACUUAGCAAGCUAGAAGCUGGGUGGCCACUGCUCUCCUACAGGGUCAUAAACCUUACCAGCCAAGUAACAAACCUGAAGCCAGGUAGACCUAGGUAGUUUUGCUGGCCGGUGUCCUACCAGGUGAGAGCCCAGUGGAAGGCCUGUUCCAGAUCAGAAUUCCCUCCCACAGAGGAUCGUCUACAGGCCCAGCUAGGGUCCUAGCUCCAGUUCUCCAGCAUCUUAGCCUCACAUAAGAACCUCAAGCCGCCCACUGCUAAGUGGUCCUGUCUCCAACCCAUCAUCUUGAAAGAGGAAGAUGAUGAUCUCAGAAGCUGUAGCCCAGGAUAGGGGGUGGGAAGUGGGGCAACCGAGAAAAGGUUUUCCAGGUGGUGGUCAAUAGGAAACACUCCGUGAAAGAGGCUGCUGUUGACAGACUAGGCACAGCCUCAGAGGGUUCUGUAAACUGCCAGGCCCAAGGAGCAGACCUGACUUCCAGUCUUAGAGUUCUCAAGGGUGAACUAGAAGACAAGGGGUGGAGGGGACGCCCUCCAGGUGAGACUUGAGUCAGCUGAGAGCUGGGUGAGCAAGUUAACCCCUGGGGGCUCCCACCUUCCUCCCUGCCAGUCCACCCCCUCAUGAGCCAACCAUUCAUUAGACGCCACACCAGCUGGGCCAGUUUCCCAGGUGGAUGCUCUAGGGCUGAGCUGGGUGAGGAAGGGUGGGGAAGAAAGCAGCUGAGCUUGUCAGCUGUCUCAACAGAUGCUGAGAGCUGGGCACUGCACCCUGGAGUGGUUGGGUACCUCACUGAUGACGCCUAUAAGGAAAGCCUCCGAGUGGGUCUCUCUUGAGGAAGUCCUCAAGGAAGCUAAUCCCUUGUCACUGAAAACAACAGCGACUUCCAGCUACUGUCUCAGAGAGGAGAGGUUUGGCAUCCAGGGUGUGCCACUAGUUGAGCCCAUCCACAACAUCCACAGGAGUUCACUACCUGUGUAGAAGGAAAUAAUGCUAUCCCUCUUAGCUACUUCUCCGAUGUCUGCCGUGGUUGACAUCUGGGGACCAUCAGAAAGAGCCUCACUCAACAAGGGAUGUUUGUGACAAAGUAGCUGUUGCUUUCAGGUGUCCACCAGUGGUUUAUACUUCUUUUAAGACUAGAGAACACAGGUACUGGGCCGGAGGGUGGGGCGAUAUUUAUUAUAGAAACAAAAGGAACCUUGCAGACUUGUGAGUCUGUGUCCACCUUGGCCACGAGAUUCUAGGGAACUGAUUCAAAGCCUUCCAAAUCCUGCAGUGUUUGCCGAGGCUCUUCCAAAAUACCUGUGACGUUUUCAUGUUGUUCGGCUGCAACUUGUAGAGGCUACUUCUUUCGUUUUCAAAUAAAGGUGGGAAGCCAUUUUUAAAAUAAAA